AUGUUGUAUUUGUAUGUGAGGUGUGAGAUUAAUGGAGAUGCUUAUGAUCCAUUAGAUCCCAAUGGCAACAUCACUAUCAGAUGGGAUGUCUUGCAGGAAAACGACGACUCCUCAAGAGAUAUAAGAAUAUCGAUAGUGAACUACCAGCUAUUCCGGCAAAUUGAGGAGCCGGGAUGGAAGCUAAGCUGGAGAUGGGGAGGAAGCGAAGUAAUAUGGAAUAUGUUCGGGGCAGAGGCGACGGAACAGGGGAACUGCUCCUUCUUCAGAGGCAAAGUUGCGCCACAUUGCUGCGAAAAGGAGCCCGUCAUCAUAGACCUUCUGCCCGCUGCACCUUACUCCAUGCAGGUCGCCAACUGCUGCAGAGCCGGAAUCCUCACAUCCAUCACUCAGCAUCCCAACAAAUACAUCUCCGCUUUCCUCAUGCACGUUGGGAUUGCAGAACCCAGCGACACGCCACCUGGGAUGCCAACCGCCUUCUCCAUUGGCGUCCCGGGAUACACCUGUGGCGAGGCCUUUCAAGUCCCGCCCACCAAAUUCACUAAAGAUCAAGGCCGGAGAACCACUCAGGCAUUUGCAACGUGGAAUGUCACUUGUUCGUAUUCGCAGUUUCGUGCAUCGCUUGCACCAAAAUGUUGCGUUUCCUUAUCGGCUUUCUACAAUGAGACCAUCGUCAAGUGUCCAAUGUGUAGCUGUGCUUGCCAUGAUCAACCUAAAUCUCAAUGUGUCAUGGCAGGGGCGUCGGGUCCUACAAUGCUGCAGCUAAGUCGGAACGAGCCGGUGGUGCAGUGCACGAACCACAUGUGCCCGAUAAUGGUGCAUUGGCACAUCAAGCAGAGCUACACGCAUUAUUGGAGGGUGAAAGUCACAGUGACAAAUCUAAAUUAUAUUAGGAAUUAUAGCGACUGGAAUUUGGUGGUGAUGCACCCUAAUCUCAGAAGUGUUGAACAAGUCUUCAGCUUCAAUUAUAAGCCUCUCAAUGUUUAUGAAAACACAAAUGAUAGUGGGGUUUUUUAUGGGAUUCAAAAUUACAACGACAGACUUCUGCAGUUAGGGAAGAAUGGGAAUGUACAAACAGAAAUAUUGAUGCAUAAAGAUAGAGACUUUACAUUUAAGGAAGGGUGGGGAUUUCCUAGGAAGAUUUCGUUUAACGGUCAAGAUUGUGUGAUGCCAUCGCCGGAUGAUUAUCCGAGGCUUCCCAAUGUCGCCGGCUCGUUUCAGGCACAACCACCCUCUAUGCUUCUUUUGUUGCUUCUCAUUAAUGUUUUUAUUCAUAUGUUGAUAUAA